AUGAUUUAUCUUGAUCUUCUCCGUCGUUGUAGCCGAAUUCUUAUCUCAUUCUGCAUUCUCGUCAGCUCAGGAUUCGAGCGAAGGAUUGAUUUAAGCUCACAUAUCAUGAAGGCUUUCCUGACUCUCAACUUCUCAAGGACAAUGAGAAAUCUCGUGAAAUACUUCUCUAAUAGAACAGUUAACAGAGAAGAUGGCUCAUAUCCUGAACAAUUAUCUUCAGGAUACAGAGAGAGAACUAUCAAUGCUCCUGACGAGUUUCCAAACUUUGUUAGAGAAGGCUUUGAUAUAAACGCUGAAUCAGGCCUCAUGUAUCGAGAUUUCAAUGCCUCAUGUAUCGAGAUUUCAAUGUUGGGGAAGGUGAUUAGCCAAAAGAUGGUCAACAGGAUUUUACGUGGAUGA